AUGGCCGAGCAGGAAAAGCCCACUCCAGAUGCGCCGGCGAGGACAUCAAUUCAAAGAGUCAUGACGGACAGUAGCAACAAAACGCAGCGAUUGCUCCGCGUUGAUCAGAUAUAUAGCAGAAAGGAACGACAAAUUCAUUUUGUCAAGACCGCGAAAUCCUCCUCCAAGCCGGAUCGUUUCAGUAAAACCGCGAUGGUUGUGCGCCGUAUCAUCUCCAAGCAGGGCAUCGUCUCGCACACGGAAAUCGAUAUUCGGUCUCCGCCCCUUCAGCAAGUCUUUCGAGAACUGUACAAAGGUGUCGAUGGGCUCGAAUUAAACAAGACACCGCCAGUGGUGUGUAUACCCUCCCCCUUUUUCUUUUUCUGGCAGGAUCUGUGGAUGGGCUGGCUGACGACCCUUUCUUUCAAGGCCAAACCGGAACUUAUAUUUUGGGCUGCAGAAAGCCUGCUGCGUAUCAAGGAAGAAGAAAAGUCAAAGAGCCAACCCAACAAACAGCUUAUCGACGACAUUGGAACUGCCUUGCGUUUCGUUGAAGAGGAUUACUCCGGUCAGAUUGCCAGUCUCGAGUCUCUUAUCAAGGAGAACCAGAUUACUUGGGAUCUACUUUGGGCGAUCUUCCCUCCCAAAACCCCAUCAAUUUCACCAAAAUACGGUGUCAUGAAUAUAGAACAGGCCUUCAGACUUCAGGAGUCUGGAUAUGAGCAGCGUCCCAAUGGCUCAUGGUACUUUUCUGCGGUGGGCCAAAUUGUCCAGUUUGAUGGGCAGGAUUUUGGAAAGGGAACGAUCAGCCUGGAAAUUGAUAAGUAUGACGGCUCUCGACAAAUCCGAAGUUUGAGCUUUUAUCCUCUCGUGUACCAUCCGGAUGAGGAUGCCACGCGAGAAAGACUGAUGGCCAGAGGGCGAAAGUACCUCUCCUUGCUCGACCAGCCCGCAUGCAGAGAUUAUCCAGUCACGUAUGCAGUCAAGGAAAUCAUUCAGCCCGAUGGAAAGUUCAAGUCGGAGAUGUUCAACGCCAAAGGAAGAGUUAUGGCUGACCCGGAAGGGUAUUAUCUCCACAAUAGCAGUUCUGCACUGAACACGCCUUGGAUUUAUAGCGAAGAUAUAUUGAGUCGCACAAGUCUUUCAGAUCAGGAUUUGCUGAUCUGUGCUUCAUGGGUCAACGGGUUCAGCUUUGAGCACAAAACCUGGUGUCAACUUGAUGUGACGCCGCUUCAGGAAAUCGAGUGGAAUGGGGAUGCCUUCAAGAGUCUUGUCAUGGAAGAGAACCGUCGACAACUUAUCCACGGCCUUGUUAAAGCUCACCGUCACAGUGAAACGGGAUUCGAUGACAUCGUGGAAAACAAAGGCAAAGGUCUCAUUGCGUUGCUGACAGGCUCGCCUGGCGUCGGAAAGACACUUACAGCAGAGGCUGUGGCUGAGGUCACGCAACGCCCGCUCUAUGUAGUUGCAACUGGAGAAUUGGGCGUCGAUGCUGACACUGUGGACCGCCGUCUUGAGAAGAUACUGGAUAUAACGCGACGCUGGGGGUGUGUCCUCCUCAUCGACGAAGCAGAUGUUUUCCUCGCGACUCGUGGAAAGGACCUUAAUCGUGAUGCUCUAGUAAGCAUCUUUCUUCGCCGUCUCGAAUAUUUCCGCGGCGUGGCCAUCCUCACCACGAACAGAAAGAGUGAAAUUGAUGACGCGUUCAAAAGUCGUAUCCAUUUCACAAUUCACUACCCAGAUCUAGACGCUGAUAGCAGACGGAAAGUUUGGAAGAAUUUCUUAACGAAAGUUGCCAAAACAUCGGAGCUAUCUGAAGUCACUGAAGAUGAUUUUGCGACAUUGUCAAAGCAUGCUUUGAAUGGCCGACAGAUCAAAAACAUAGUCUCAUGUGCUGUGUCUCUUUCUCGUGAACAGAAAAAACAGGUUUCCGUGAAGGAUAUUGAGGGCUUGAUGAAGAUUCUUCUCGACUAA